AAAAAUUUCCACGUUGCCCAUCAGACCGGCCUCAGCUGCAUCUGGACUUCUGCACAGCCCCAUGUGCUGCUGGAAACCCCCCACGACCAGAGCAUGAGUGAAAAAACACAGGAAGCGCUGAGAAGGCUCCAAAACUGGUUUCAACAACUUUUUCAAAUUUGGGAGAUCAUCAAGAGUUUGCCAGUGAUGCUGACAAUAAUUGCCUCUGUGGGAGAUGACUAACACCAAACAGAAGGAAAGAGGACAAACAUGCAAUUGAGAGGGACAGAAAGAGAUGCCCCACCUGUCAUCUUUGCUGUAGUGAAGCUUUUGGAGGGCUUAGUAGGAAACUAAAAUGGCUGAGGUCUCACAUAUUGCUUAGGUGAAGUUCCUUUUCAGCCCCUUGUGAAGUAUCCCUGGUAUCAACAACCAGCUCCAGAGGCUGAGACACCAGGUGAGAGGAAGGGACGUCAGUGAAGGUGUCCUGCUCCUUGCACAUCAGCUAGCACCAGGCCAUUUCAUCCCCCACUGCAGUGUUCCUCAGUGCUGCAGCACACACCUCAGCCCCGGGCGAGAUGGCCGCCCUCAUCGCUGAGAACUUCCGCUUCCUCUCCUUGUUCUUCAAGAGCAAAGAUGUGAUGAUUUUCAAUGGUUUGGUGGCCCUGGGCACGGUGGGGAGUGAGGAGCUCUUCUCAGUCGUGGCCUUCAAUUGCCCCUGCUCCCCUGCCCGCAACUACAUCUAUGGGCUGGCUGCCAUCGGUGUCCCAGCCCUGGCCCUCUUCCUCAUUGGUGUCAUCUGGAACAAUCACACCUGGAACCUGGUGGCCGAGUGCCACAAGCGUGGCACCAAGAACUUCUCUGCUGCUGCCACCUUCCUACUCUUUGGCUCCAUCAUGGGCCGGGCAUCCGUGGCCCCCAUCACUUGGUCGGUCAUCUCACUGCUGCGUGGGGAAGCUUACAUCUGUGCCCUCAGUGAGUUUGUCAAGCCAUCCUCCCUGGACAAGUUUCCAGCUGAGUAUGGGGCCGAGGUGCUGGCCAAGUUCCCCUGUAGAGACGUCCCAGCAAACCUCACCAAGUUCAGGGAUGAGGUGACACGGAGACUGAGAUACGAGUCCCAGCUCUUCGGCUGGCUGCUCAUCGGCAUCGUUGCGGUGCUGAUUUUCCUCACCAAGUGCCUGAAGCACUGCUGCUCGCCGCUCAGCUACCGGCAGGAGGCCUACUGGGCCCAGUACCGCUCCAACGAGGACAAGCUCUUCCGGCGCACGGCCGAGGUCCACUCCAGGAUCCUGGCAGCCAAGAAUGUGAAACAAUUCUUUGGCUUUGUGGCACUGGACAAGGAGGAGAAGGAGCUGGUGCAGGAGUUCCCCGUGGAGGGCGUCCAGCCAAGCCCUCAGUGGAAUGCCAUCACGGGUGUCUACAUCUACCGAGAGAACAAGGGCUUCCCCCUCUACAGCCGCCUCCACAAAUGGGCCAAAGGGGUGGAAGGGAACGGGCCAACCCCAGAAGGCCACGAACUGCUGUUUUUAGCUUCCUAAGGCAGAAGUGCACCAGCAGCGCUUCCCCAGACUGCCUGGCAGGCCUUCCAGUAUCAGUGCUCAGCUGAGGGAUGCACUGGGAACAUUCCUCCCUGUGGAGAGCCCUGUGCCUGUCAGGGAAACUUCUAGGCCAAUGCCUUGGAAGAAUCUACCACAGGCUUCGGGAAAGCCUCAUAGCUUAGGGUGAGCAAAAAGGCUUCCCCCAUGAUGCUCUCCAACUGUUGGAGUAUGAAUCCCCCUGGGCCAAAUCCAUACAGGCCCAGGAGUGCCCAGAAAUAUGAGGAUUGAAAUAGAACCUUCAGAGAAACUAAAAUACAUAAAUCCACACAAGACUCACAAAAACACCGAUGCCUCUGUUGUUGCUACUGCUGCAACUGCUACUGACAAGAUGCUCAAGGGACACGGACUGCUGAUGCCUCGGCUGCUGCUGUGGCUGCUGUUCCUGCUUGGGACUUAGAAACUUUAUGUUAGAAGGUUUCUGUGUACUGAUACGGACUCUAAUAAGUUGCCUUCAUGGGACUGAUUUAACGAUGCAAAAAAGGACUUGUUUUACAACUACCUAUUGCCACAGACUUCACUGAAGAUGCUCCAAAAACUUGACAUAUGGUGCCCACUGUGUGGGCAAUGUUUAUUGACAAUGUUUAUUGACAUUGAUAUCUUCUUACACGCUUGUGUGAUGCCUGUUACACAGGUAGGUCCCAGAGCACUCCACAGACUUUACAAUGGAAGUAAAAGAAGGAAGCAGUGGGUAACUUCCUGAGGCAAGGAGAAUGCAAUAGCAUCUGGGAAGGAAUGGCUCAGUAACAUAGCCACACAGCAAAAAACUGAGACUAAAGCAGAAGGAAGCACCAAUAUUCCUGGUAUUCAGAAAGGCACUCUAAUGACCAGGUUGAAAUUGGGUAAGACGCCAAACUCCCUUUGUUCUUACUAAAGUGCCUGGCAAUCUCUAAUGAGCUCAAAUGGUUGCCCCCAUGAGUCUAUAAACCCAGAGAAGGCACCAUCAGCAGAACAGCUUUGGGGCAAGACAGCGAGGUGGAGACUGAGAGGAAUGAGUACCCACAGCACUGUCUGCAUCUCUUUGGAUUUCUCAUCCAACCAUUGGCUGAGAGUCCUUUGUUUGGGUUACAAGCUGCAAGAAGACCUCAACCAGAAUUAGCUUUACAUGUGUGUGUGUAUAUAAACAUACAUAUAGCAUAUAUACCAUGUAACUGUAGUUAGUCACUUGUAUUAAUGGAGCAUUUUUCUCCGAGGGGAAUGGGAUGAGAAAGCUGCCAGCCCAAAGAGUACAUCACAUUCACCCAUCUGCUGCACUGGGGCUGCAGCCCUGGAGCAACAAGGGGAUAGCAGGAACAGAACGGAGGAGCAGCCCUCUCCCUACCCAUCUACCACUGAAUUUUCUAAAACUCUUUCCACUGCCUUAAUUGGCCCCUGGAGCAGAAGGCCUCUAAUAUGGACUUGGUCAUACUCUGGGAAAGCAAAACUUGAAAGGUGUAAAAUUACUCCCUCACCAUGACACUGUGUGACUAUGUCUUCAAGGCUACUCCUCUGGCACUGCAGUCCCUUUUCUCCUAGGGAUCAGGCCUGUGUACCCCAAACUGUUUAAAGAGCUGGCACAACAGAGAAGUUUGUUUUUCCUACUUGAACUGUUUUGUUAUAGGUACAACUUUCUUUUACACUGUGUCAUUUACCAAAAAGUCUUAAUAAGUUUUUCAAAAACCAGCUCAAACCCACAGAACUCAGAGAGGCUUAGACACAAGGAGAUUUUAAAUAAAUUAUUAAAUGAGAGUUAUUUUUCAUUGCCUUCUGAGUUUUUUUUUCAGGGAGCAUAAAAGGCAUAAUUUAAUAUUCUCUUUGAACUCUAAGGACUGGGAACUUAUUUUUUCUUUCUAUUAAAGAUUCAGGUCCUCUCCUAGCCAGAUCAUCCUAGAAUGUUUUAAAGCACUACCACAUAUUACAAGUUAGUAAAAUGGCUUUUUAGUUAUUCUUGCAAUGAUUAGCACCAAUCUUGUAUAUCAGGAUACACAAUCACAGCAAAGGAGAGAAAAUUAUCUAAAAAGCUUUUGACAAGUAUGGUGUCUGCAGGAAAGAGCUGUAGGCUAUUCCCUCACAUAAAGAGGCUGGAACACCGCUUAACGGGCAAGGCGUCCCAGGAUCCCUGUUCAGCCUCUCCACAGAUUUGCUUUGCAUUUGUGGGAAGGCUUGGCUCUCAGCCUCACCAUCAACUAAUCCACAGAAAUAAUCAGAUGGAAGUUAAAUGAAAUUGCAUUAACUUGAGAUGAAAGGGAGUUCAUUUGCAUUUCUUCUCACUGGCCCUCGAGUGCGAACAUGCAGACAAGCACGCCACCCCCACACAGCCAGCAGACACAAGGUAACUUGCUGAAACAAAGCAGAGUUCCUCUUACUGUCUUUAUUUCCAUUGCCUUCCUCCUUGAUAGUCCUAAUAAUUCCUUUGAACCACCUCCACUCUGGUUCCUUCUCUUCCCCUUCCCUCCUUUGAAGGAAAGGAGCAAGACACGUAAUGCUUGAGAAUGGAUUUUUAUCCUAAUAAAUCAUGAGCACAAAUCA